UACCAUAAUUUCUUCACUUCCAUACAAACAUACCAUAAUUACUUGUAAGUGAUUAAGAUGGCACAUCUAGCCAACUUAGGAGCUCCUUGGUCUUCAAUUCUUCAUGUUCAUCUCAUUUUCUUAGUUUCUAUCACCAUGCUCAGCUUGCAACCGGAGAUUUGUCUCAGUUUUAAGAUGGGGAAUGAAACUGAUCGUCUUGCACUUUUGGAGUUCAAAGCCAAUAUAGCCAGCGAUCCAUAUGGAACCUUGAGAUCAUGGAACAAUUCUGUCAAUUUCUGCAAAUGGCAAGGGGUUACUUGCGGCCGAAAGCACCAUAGAGUUACGUCUCUAGACCUGCACGAGCUGAGCUUGUCAGGUACAGUAUCUCCAUAUAUUGGGAAUCUCACAUUUUUAAGGUUCCUCAACCUUAGUGACAAUAGAUUUUAUGGAGAAAUUCCCCAAGAAGUUGGCCGUCUGUUUCGUCUAAGAAUUUUCAGCCUCAAGAACAACAUAUUGAGAGGAGAAAUUCCAGUCAACAUCAGCUUGUGUUCAGAGCUCAGGAUUAUGACUUUGGCUUUUAAUGGCUUAGUGGGGAAAAUUCCAGCUGAGCUAAGCUCUUUAAAGAAGCUCAUGGGGCUUUUCCUCGGUACAAACAAACUUACAGGAAAGAUCCCACAUUCUUUUGGAAACCUUUCGUCCCUCCAACAUUUAUUUCUAGUAUACAAUCAUUUGGAAGGAAAUAUUCCAAAUGAAUUGGGACGAAUUACAAGCUUGACAAUGCUUGGGAUAGGAGUCAAUAAUCUGGUUGGUCCAAUUCCUUCUACCCUCUACAAUAUCUCAUCCAUCACUGCUCUAUCUGUCGCAGAUAAUCAACUUCAUGGGAGGCUCCCGGAAAAAAUAGGACUCACUCUUCCUAACCUGCAAAUUUUUCAGAUCGGCGAUAACAAAUUCCAUGGAAGUAUUCCAGCUUCAUUAACGAAUGCUUCUCAGCUUCAAAUACUCGAUAUCGGUAGCAACAGAUUGACAGGACAAAUCCCCAAAAAUCUGGGAGAUUUGACUGGUCUUCAACGGCUGAACAUGGAGAAAAAUUUUCUGGGCAAUAAUUCAAGUCAGGACUUGGCUUUCAUAACAUCUUUGUCAAAUUGCAGCAAUCUCCGAAAACUAUAUCUUACUGACAAUAAUUUCGGCGGUGUAUUCCCUGCAACUAUAGUAAACAUGUCUACACUUGUAGAUUUAGGCUUAGGAACAAACCAAAUAUCAGGUAGAAUUCCAGCAGACAUUGGAAACCUAGUCAAUUUGUAUCGAUUAGGCUUGGAGCAAAACCUUUUUUCUGGCAGCAUUCCCAAUUCUUUGGGAAAGCUUCAAAAGCUGCAAGCAUUGCUUUUGCAUACAAACAUGUUGUCAGGACAAAUCCCUCAAUCCUUAGGUAACAUUACCCAACUAUCUGAUCUUUGGUUAGGAAUAAACAAAUUAGAAGGGAAUAUGACAAGUAUCACAAACUGUCAAAAUCUGCAUAUUCUGGAUGUGGGGGACAAUAACCUGACUGGUAGCAUACCUCCACAAAUUUUUGCUCUGUCCUUUCUUUCACUAGCUCUUAACUUGUCAUAUAACUCAUUGACAGGUCCGUUAUCCCGAGAAAUUGGCCACCUCAAAAAUAUUGGUGCAUUAGAUAUCACAGAGAACAAACUGUCUGGGGAAAUUCCUGGAUCAAUCGGUGAAUGUUUGAGCCUAACUGAUCUUUACAUGACAGGUAAUUUUCUCCAAGGACCCAUUCCUUCUUCCCUUGCUUCCUUACGGGGUCUCCGAUCCCUAGACCUGUCAAGAAACAAUUUAUCGGGAAAGAUUCCAAAGGAGAUAGAAAAGCUUCCCUUUUUACAGUUUCUGAAUCUCUCUCUCAAUAAUCUUGAGGGUGAGGUACCAACCAAAGGAGUUUUCAGCAGUAGAAGUGCAGUGUCCCUUGAUGGUAACAAAAAUCUUUGUGGAGGUAUUCCAGAACUGCAGCUACCAGCAUGCCCCAUCAAGCAAAAGAAAUAUAAAAAGCCUCUUGUUGCCAUUAUUCUAGCAGCAACCAUGAGUUCAGUUUUGUUUUUGUCAGCAAUAACAUCCUUGAGGCUUUUCUACCGGAGAAGAUCAAAAAAGAAUCCAUCAUCCAAUCCUUUUAUGUUGGAUAAGCUCUUUCAAAUUUCAUACAAGGAGCUUCUCAAAGCAACUCAGGGAUUCUCUUCAGACAACUUAAUCGGAGAAGGUAGUUCUGGAUCUGUAUAUAGUGGAAGUCUUGAUCUAGAUGGAGAAAGGAUAGUUGCUGUGAAGGUACUCAACCUUCAACAACACGGAGCUUCCAAGAGUUUCAUUGCUGAGUGCAGAGCAUUGCGAAACGUCAGACAUCGAAACCUGGUGAAGAUCUUGACAUGCUGCUCUAGCAUUGAUUUUAAAGGCAAUGACUUCAAAGCUCUCGUGCUUGAUUUCAUGGAGAAUGGAAGUUUGGAAACGUGGUUGUAUCCAGAAGAAGAUGGUACUAGUCAAUCAAGGAAUUUAAACCUUCUUCAAAGGCUUCGUGUUGCCGUUGAUAUGUCAUCAGCUCUGCACUACCUUCAUGAUCUCUGUGAAACACCAAUAAUUCACUGUGACUUGAAGCCAAGCAAUAUUCUGCUUGACAAUGACAUGAAUGCUCAUGUUGGUGAUUUUGGAUUAGCAAGGCUUCUUUCCAAAAACACAAGCAACUCUUCUCAAGGCCAAACAAGCUCCAUCGGGAUCAAGGGAACAAUAGGCUAUAUGCCUCCUGAAUAUGGAAUAGGUAGCGAAGCAACAACAAAUGGGGAUGUGUACAGCUUUGGAAUAAUUUUGUUGGAGAUUUUCACAGGACGGAGACCAACUGAUGAAGUGUUCACAGAUGGUUUGAAUCUCCACAGCUUUGUGAGUUCUAAGCUACCAGGACAUGUAAUGCAGGCUCUGGAUCCCAAGCUAAUUGCAACAGGAGAAUUCAGAGCAGAAGAAAUUGUUGAAGACAAUGAGAGCAGUGAUGAUGGUCAAAUUGAAAUCCAAGAAAAUAAUAUCAACAUUGAAAAUUUGAAAUUACAUGCAAGCAAUGUGAAAGAAUGUGUUGUAUCAGUUCUCAAAAUAGGACUUGCAUGCUCAGCAGAACUACCAGGAGAUCGAAUGAACAUGAGCGAUGUCACCAGAAAAUUAAACAUCAUCAUGGAUGCUUUCCUUCGUGCAAGGACUCAUGAAGAUCCACGAAUUGUAAAUCACAAAUAGGUAUGAGUUUCAUUUUUUAAAACACUUUCUGAUUGAGAAAUCUCAUACUCUGUUCAUAUUUGCUCAUAGCCUAAUUAAGGCUACUUUGAUUUGGAUUGAAUUGCAGAGGAAUAAGCAAUUUGCAUUCAAGCAGUUUCAAAGACAAAGUACUCUCUUGGCAUGUUUCCCCUUGCAGAGGAAUAAGCAAUUGCAGAGGACUAAACUUAAAGUUCUAGCUACUGAACUCUCUGCAACUUCUUUACCAUAUUUUUCUUUCAGUUAUAUCUAAACUUAGAAUGUGUAGAUCAAUAAAUAUUAUGAUCAUGGGAAAAUUACUGUUUAGUCCUUUAGUUAACAAAAUUAAUUACUUGGU